CCGCUCUAGAUCAUCACAGCCUUCACCGUCACAGCCAUCUACCAGACAACUCUACAAAUACGCCCGCGCCCACUCUCCGGUAUCUCCUUCUUGACACCCGGCCGUGUCAUUAUUCGCCGUAUUCUACCCGCUCCCGCACAUCACACACUAGAUCCUUACCGAUCAUCACCAUGCUGCGCUUUUUGUGCCUUCCCGGAGCCUACGGCAGCUCGGACAAAUUGCAAGUCCAACUUGCCCCCAUUCUGAAGGAGCUUACCGAAGACGGCACCGCGCAAUUCCACUUCAUUCAGGGCCCCUGCAAGGCUGUGCCGCCCCCUGGCUUUGAGGACUACUUCGGCGCCCCUCCUUACUACCGCUUCAUCGAGCCUGAUAGGGACGUCGAGAAGUCCCACAGCGAUGACGUCCUCGCCCGUAUCCGUGACUUCCCUCAGUGCGAGACUCCAGAGGACACGAUGAGGGAUCUUAUGAGGGAAGGCAUCGCCACGACGCACCGCAGCACUGACAGAGCCAUCAAGUACCUUGCCGAUAUCGCGGCCAAGCGCGGCCCCUUUGACGGCAUCAUUGGCUACUCCGAGGGUGCCACCGUGGCGUCGACCUUUAUGCUUUACGAGCAGCGUCGCUUCAAGCGCUCCGGCAUCAAGCCUACGUUCAAGUACGGCAUCUUCUUCGCCGGCUGGCCGCCCGUCGACCCCAAGACCCACGCCCUGGUCCUCUCGGACGAGACGGACGAGAGGAUCGAGGCUCGGACCUUGCACAUCAUCGGAUCCUUGGAUCCUUAUGUCGAUGGCUCCACGGCCCUGUACAACAUGUGCGACGCUGACACUGCCUAUCUCUUCGACCACGCCAAGGGCCACACGCUUCCCCGUGACAAGGGUACCAUCAAGGAGCUUGGAGACAUCAUCCGCCAGACCAAAGCCGAGAUGCAAGAGGAGGGGAUCCUGUCAUCGUCGUAGAAGGUUUAGAGGGGCAAAGGUCCUGAGCAGGGAUGGAUCUCUGGAUGGACUAGCGUUGCAUCGGUUGUCAUUUUGGGAUUUGUGCCAUUUUAAGAACAAGGUGGGAGGUACAACAAGGAACUGGCUUCCUCCCGUGUUAGCAUUAGAGAGAUAGAUGGGAUCGGGUGUCGGGUGCGCCGCAUAUCUGGGGGCCUGCUGGAGUCGGG